CACAGCCUGAGGCAGAUACAGACUCACAGCUACCCAUUGUUUAAGGUGGUGUAACAAGUUAGCGCGGCCCGUCACUAGCAGGGCUUAAGUCCCAGGGUCCGGCCACGGCCGGGCUCGGCCCGUUUUGCCCCGAAGUUUCCCCGAUAAAACACAGAAGGACAGGGGACGGUUAGCUUUUGACGGGCGUGAGGUCUUCUUGUGGCGGAACAAGAUUUAACCGGCAAAGUCCGGUGAAAGAGCGUCAAGACUUGAGCAAGACCGUCACCAACUCGGGUCCCCCAGUUGAGGGGUAGAGCGGCGGGGCCCGGGGCCUUUCCCGGUCGCGAGUUCGCUCGCCCGGCCCCGCCUAGUCUUUCCGAACGAUCCGCGGCAGAGAAAAUUCGCUCUAAAAGGAAGUUUUCUGGAAGGACGUGACAUAUCAAUCUUGAGGAAGGAAGAGGGCAAGAAAAGAAGAAAGAAGCAAGAUCCAAAGCGAGAAACUUCGAGACUCAAACAAGGCCAACUGUUUUCCUACCUGCUGACAUAAACCUCCCCUGUGGCGUCAGGAUGGGGGUUGACCUGUGCACCUACAGGGCCCAGAUAGGCUGCUUCAGGAACCUGAGGUUUUACUCCCAGUGCUGCUCGCCAGAGGCACCGUGUUUGCUGGUGUGGAUGACAUCAUGUUUGCUGGUGUGGAUGGUCAUCUCACAACUCAUGCUGAAGCUUGCAGGGGAUGUGGAGGAGAAUCCUGGACCAAGGCAACAAAAUAUCAGCAUGGCUACACUGUCAAGCCUUAAAAACAAGAUGAAGCCAAAAGAAUGGGACAUGAUGGGGAAAAGAACUCUCUUGACGCUGGACUUGACUUGUGAAAUUAAAUAUGAUAUUGAACAUGCAUUAGAAGGGAUUCCUAUCAACCGUCUGGCUCAACUGCCCGAGGAAGUGUUUGAACUAAAGGAAUUGGAGGCCUUAGAUCUGACAAACAACAAGGACAUCGAUCUCUCCAAUCAGCUGACCAAACUGCCUAAUCUAAAAGUGCUGAGUUUGCAUAACUGUAACCUUAAAACAGUUCCUGCUGCCGUGAUGAAACUUCCGCAGUUAGAAAUGCUGAUCCUCAGUAACAACGAGAACAUCACCCUGCCGGAUGGUAUGUCUGGUCUCACCAACCUCACGGUCCUGGACUUGGACAAGUGUGACCUGGACACACUACCGCCUGUAGUGCUGAAACUAUCAAACCUACAGGUGCUGGAUAUAACUGCGAACUGGGAAUCAAAAUUGAAAAUCUCCCUACCAGAUGAGUUGUCUAACAUGAACAAAUUGAAAGGGUUGAGACUACGUUGCCGUAAGCUGGACACCGUUCCACCGGUAGUCCUGAAACUCCCCCAGCUGGAGAAACUGGACCUCAGCUAUAACAUCGGGAUCCACCUGCCGGAUGGGCUGGCCGGACUCACCAACCUCCGGGUACUAGGAUUAGCGGCAACAGGCAUGGAGACAGUUCCACCGGCAGUCCUGAAACUCCCCCAGCUGGAGGAACUGGACCUCAGCGGGAACAUCCUGAUACACCUGCCGGAUGGGCUGGCCGGACUCACCAACCUCCGGGUACUGAAACUAGCGGAAACAGUCGUGGACACAGUUCCCCAGGUAGUGUGGAGACUGACACAGUUAGAAUGGCUGGACCUGAGCUGGAACCGGGAACUACAGACGUUACCCGCGGAAAUCGGACAGCUCGCUAACCUCAAACACUUGGAUCUGUCCUGGUGCAAACUGCGCACACUCCCACCUGAAGUGGGGAGACUGACACAGUUAGAAUGGCUGAACCUGUACUGUCCCCAAUUACAGACGUUACCCGCGGAAAUCGGACAGCUCGCUAACCUCAAAUACUUGGAUCUGUCCCAGUGCGAGCUGCGCACACUCCCACCUGAAGUGGGGAGACUGACACAGUUAGAAUGGCUGGACCUGAGCCAUAACCCACUACAGACGUUACCCGCGAAAAUCGGACAACUCACUAACGUUAAGCACUUGGAUCUGUCCGGGUGCGCGCUGCACAAACUCCCACCUGAAGUGUGGAGACUGACACAGUUAGAAUGGCUGGGCCUGAGCCAUAACAACCUACAGACGUUACCCGCGAAGGUUGGUCUGCUGAAUGACCUAUGUCGUAUAGAGGUUAGUGACAACCCACUUACAAAACCACCAGCUGAAGUUUGCAGUCAGGGGAUCGCUGCUAUCAGACAGUACUUUGAUGAACUUGAACGCUCAGAGGAAGUUGUAUCCGCCCAUCUGAAAGUUGUUGUCUUGGGAGAGACAAUGGCGGGAAAAACAAGCCUGGUACAGACGCUAGAAAGUGGCGAGUCCACCCUGACAGAAGAAGAGGACCGCACACACUGUGUAGAGAUAACUCAGUGGGCACCUGAUGACAACAUCACGUUUGAAGUGUACGACUUUGGCGGCCAUGACGUGUACCAUCUCACUCAUCAGUUCUUUCUGACUCCAGAUGCCUUUCAUCUGUUAUUAGUGAACCUGCAGGAAUACAGCUGCAAUGAAGAGAGUUACAAAAAGCAUGUGGGGUUCUGGUUGGACACACUGAAUGCCCACGUGCCGGGGGCGGUGGUUACAAUAGUGGGCAGCAAGAUGGACAUGUGCAGUGAGGCUGAAAUAAAUGGUAAAGUGAAGGACAUCGAAGAAAAGUUCCAACAGCAGAUUGACACAUGGAAAAGUAAUACACAGCGCCAAAUAAAGAAACUCGAGGAAAGAUCUAAAGAGGACAAAAGCAAGGAGGAACAAAGGGAAAUAAAACAGCAGUUAGAACUCACAAAAAGCCUUCCGAAAUGCCAAUUACGUUUUACAGAUAAGAAUGUGCACUGCAUCAGUUCUGCAAAACCAUCUGGGCUGGACACGCUAAGGAAUCACAUACUGGAGUCAGCAAAUAAUACCAAGCUGUUUCCAAAGCUUAGAAAGAUCCUCCCGCGGACGUGGGUGGAUUUCGAACAACAGAUGCACGAGCUACGUGACAAGGGAACAGAGAAACCGGAAAUCACUAGCGGUGACGGUGAUGACUUGUCAGGUGACGGUGAUGACUCUUCGUUUGACAAUAAAGACUUGUCAACUCUGAAUCCUCAAAGUGACAAGAAAUCAACGUGGCUGACACAAGCAGACUGUUUGCAGCUAGGGCAGCUUGCAGGUCUCACGUCGGACAGACUGGAGCCAGUCCUGUCUUACCUGCAGCAGGUGGGAACCAUCCUCAGGUACACGGACAUACCGGAACUCAAGGACUUGGUUUUCCAUGAUCCUCCCGCCUUGAUUGAAAUCUUCAAGGAUCUGUUCCAUCACGAUGUCGAGAAACUUUUCAAAACACCCAGACUUAAGAAUGCUGAUUUUACCGGCACACAGCUUGAGGAUUUUGCAAUCAAUCUACGUGACUGUGGACUGAUUCAGAAGAAGGUGAUGACGUGUUUGCUAUCACCAAACAUCGAUCCUGACGUUGUUACAGCUCUGAUGCUGCAUUUUGGUCUUUGCUUUGAGUUGAAAGACAAAACAGACUGUUCUAAACACAGUUGUAAGUACCAAAUACCCUGGUACCUGGAGAAACAAAUUCCGGAGCAGUUGAAAGAUGAGUGGCCAGAUGAAGUGUCAGAAGAUCAGGAGCAGCUGCAGCUGAUGUGCAACAUCACAGGAUUCUGUCCCCGGGGACUGUUUCAGAGGUUCAGUGUUAGGAUCCAUCAACAUGUGGAGGACAGGGUAGACUGGAAAGAUGGAGUCAUGGCCUACAGACAGGACUACCCCGUACUAGUGUGUUCCAAACCUGUUUCAGACGACACUUACAUCACCAUGGCAACCAGAGGCGGGCUGGACCAGGCAGGUGAGAUGUGGGGCGUGGUCCACCCACUGCUGGAUGUGCUGUUCCAGCUGCUGCAAGAGUGGCCAGGUGUGCUGUACUCCCUCCACGUCACCUGUGCGCACUGCAUCAAGGCAGGACUGGACAGGCCGUACCAGCACGCACUGAGGGACCGGACUGCAGAGGACGGCCGUGACGUCAGGUGUCCCAGGGUCAAGUAUACAGCAUCAACAUCAGCAGACCUUGUGUACAGACCUGCCAGAUUUUCCGUAAGUUCCCCUCAACUCAAAAGACCCCAAUACCACAACAUGACUGGAAACCCACCAGAGAAGAAAGGUGGAAAAGAUGAAUCUGCUGGGACGUCCCGAGAAAGUUCCCAUCAAGUCAAAAGAUCCCAGGACCACGACAUGCCUGGAAACCCUCCAAAGAAGUUGAAAGAUGGAAAAGACGAAUCUGCUGUGACGUUCCAAGGUAUCAGAGUAAUAUUGUUGAUCAACGACGAGUAUGGGACUUCCAAGGGGGGGAUUUCUACCAUCAACUGCCAGGCGAGCCAAACUCUGCAGGGCAAGGCAGUUGUGUACUGCACAGUCCUACAGCUGAAGGUACCCAAACAAGACCAGGAGGCAGCAAACAGAGACGGCGUCAUCCUGAUACAGCCAGAUCCACGAGGUAAGACAGAGCCAACACUAGACUGGCUGACCGACUACCACAGCGUCCACUUCCCAAACCUCCCCAAGGACGUCACCUGCAUCAUCGGCCACGCUGACAUCACAGAUACUGCGGCACGAAACAUCAAGGAUCAACUCUAUCCAAAGGCAGACCUCAUCAUGUUCACCCACGUCUUACCCGAGGACACCGAGUAUUUCAAGGGAGGUCAGAGGGCCAUCAAAGCUUCAGAGAAAGAGGAUGCUAUGGUCGAUCAAGUUGACAACGCAAAGGCAGCUUUCUCAGUGGGAGAGCGGAUCUUUAAUCAUUUUGAGAAUAAGUACAGAGGAAGCAAGAAACCAAAAGAGCACCACAUGUUCUUCCCAAGGCCAUCCAAGAUAUUUGCAGAAGCCACCAUCCAACCUGGUAGUGGUAGUGGUAAAGGUGAGAAGGUGGUCCUGUGUAUCGGGAGAGUGAAGAAUGCUGAGAAUCUAAAGGGUUACAACCUUGCAGCAAGGGCCAUCGGGAUUGCCAGGAAGUAUCUGAAGUCUCUGCGAUGGAUCACGCGUGGAAUCAGCAAGGAUGAUUGGGAGAAGAGCUUGAAGAUCCUGGAGGCCAACCUGGACAGCGGUGACCUGAAGCUCACCCUGCGGCCGUACGGGACCCAGGAGGAGAUCAGGGACGACAUGAUGACAGCCCACCUGGUCCUGAUGCCGUCCCGCUCCGAGCCGUUUGGGCUGGUCGGCCUGGAGGCCAUCGCAGCUGGCAUCCCCGUCCUCAUCUCCGACAAGUCAGGACUGGCGGAUAUGAUUGAAAAGUUUGUUGCCGAUGACAAGUUGCCAGCAGGCCUCAAAAACAGAAUCGUGGAGACCAGUAUGCGAGACUGCGACAUGGACAAAACUGCUGAAACGUGGGCACUCAAAAUCCGCGAAACCCUGACCGACACCGACACAGCAUUCUACCAGGCAAACAAGUUCAAAGAUGCGCUUCUGAAGUCCAAGUACUGGGAGGACUCAGAGAAAGUGUUCCUGCGAGCCUGCGGCAUCACAGACUGUGCUGCACAACAACAGAGCAGCUAGUGAACUUCAGCCAGAAGGGGCAGUGAAAGAUCCAUUUCUUGAAACUGCUGAUGCUGGAAGAAGGAAAUCCACAGCCACACAUGCACCUGCUGGAUCUGACAGUACCAAAGGCUGCCCAGCUGUUCUUAGAAGCAAAGACUUGGUCAACAAAGCUUAGCUAUGCAUAUGAAGUAAUUCUAAUAGAUAUUGCAAUAAUGUACACACUAGAAGAUGUACUAGUAAAUAUAACAAAGCAUAAUGCAAUGCUAUGGCCUUCCUAUAACACUUAUGAGCAGCUGUGUAUUCAGAUUUUAAGGUGAGUCUAACAGGAACUAGUACGUAGAUUUCAUAAGUGAAUGAGACAGAAUUUGUAUGAUUUUUGGUGUUAAGGUACUAAAUAAGAUGGACACAGCUGAUAAAUAUGCAAAUCACGACCUGAUUUUCAUAAUUGACUAGGAAAUUCAUUAUUAUCAGGAUUAAUUUGAAUGUACAUAAAUGAUGGGAAUUCCAUACUUACGAAGUGGAAUGAAGGUGAAAUGAUUAUAUCAAUUAUAUACUAUUAGACAAAGAUUGUGCAAAAUAUAAUAAAUGCUAAGAAAAUUCCAGUUCAGCCUUUUGUGCAAGGAUUAGGGCUUUCAUAGUUGGGACAUAUUAUUACGUAUUAUACAGUUAUUUGUAUACAGAAAUUGAUAGGGACAUGUACCAAGGUAGUGUUAAACUGGAGGUCAAGGAUUUCAUACACUCCUCAAUUGUUACUUGUCAAAUGAGUUUUUUUUUUCUUUGUUUUGGCAUGUGUUAAUAUGAAAUGUAUCAUUUGUAGAUUGUUUUGGCUUAAAUCAACUUUUUAGGGUACAUGGAUGGAGCAGUACUGCAUAGGUAUUAUAUUAAACUGAGAUACCGAGAGGUAAGGUAAUGGUUUGGAUCAAUUACUAUUGUAAGUCAGCUUUUAAGUCUGUUAUGUUUUUUAAAUUUUAGAGAAUUACUAAUGGUGAUAUGCAUGGAUGCAGGACAUGAUGUGGGCAUUAAAAAAUCUGGGCAAUAUUUAUGUCUGAAUCAUGUCUGAGCCGGUUCUGGAUACAAUUCUGGGGUUACACCUCUGACAUGCUGGGGGGCAUUCCAAGUAGGGCAAAGGGGACAAGGACAGGUCUUUGUAGAACUUUGCACUUCAAUAUUGUAUCACUCACUCAUUCACUCACUCACUCACUUAUUCUCACUUAUCCACUCAUUCAUAGAAUUUCAUACAC